AUGGCACCUAGACCUCAUCCUCCACCUCAACCCACCGAACGUGAUGCGUCCGACAACACCAGGUUGUUGGAAUCAGUAAUAGAAAGGCUACAGCAGCAGAACGCUACCUUGAUGCAGCAGAACGCGAUUGCUUUGCAGAGUUUGGAAGCCGCUCGCGCAAACUCUGAAGCUACCCAGAGGCAAUUGAUGGAAAUCAUUGCAACUACCAGAAACACACCGGGAGCGUCCUCUUCCAACACUACCCAACAGACUGAAUGGAGCUUGGAGAAUUUCCUUCAGCAUCACCCCGCAAAGUUUAGUGGGAAAUGCCUUCCUGAAGAGGUCGACCAGUGGCUGAGGGAUAUGGAGCGGAUCUACAACGCUAAGAGGUGUCCGGACGACAACAGAUUGACGUUCACUGAGUAUCUGCUAACUGGAGAGGCCAGUCACUGGUGGACGAGCAUGAAGGCGAUAUUAACGGACACUCAAAGUCCCAUCUCGUGGGAAGUAUUCAAGAGCAAAUUUUAUGAAGAGUACUUCCCAGAUAGCGUACGUUUCGCUAAGGAGGUGGAGUUUCUGCAAUUGGUACAAGGUGGGAUGUCUGUCUCGGAAUACACCAACAAAUUCAAGCAUCUAGUAAGAUUUAACACCAUGACGGCCAGUGAAGAAUGGCAGUGUCGGAAGUUUGAGAAUGGGCUGAGGAGUGAUUUGAAGGUUCUGAUAUCCAGCAUAUGCAUUAGGUCGUUUCCUACAAUGGUUGAGAGGGCCAAGGUGUUGGAGAAGAACGUGGCCGAAGUGGAGCAACAGAAGAAGCAACAACAGGUGGCUAGGGGAUCGGUUUUGUCUAGAUCAAAUCUGAAUCGGAAUAGGACGUCGUACGCUCGUCCAGCACAACCAUCAAAUUCAAGUGGGUCUCAGGCUAUGGUUGUUUCCGGACAGUCUGGACAUCAUGGGGCAGUCAGAUGUUUUCAAUGUGGAGGACCCCAUUUCAAGUCAUCCUUUCCUCAGUUGGUUGGAGGGAAGUACUGCACUCGCUGUAGAAGGAAUGGGCACUUGGAGAGCGAGUGUAAUAUGGGUGGACGAGCGGUAAUGAGGCCGCCAAAUGCUGGAAGAGCGCAACAAGGUCGGGGUGGACGAGCGCAGGCGGUCGGGCGAGUGUACGCAAUCACGGGCGCUGAAGCAGCCAGUUCAGAGAGUGAGAUGCAGUUCGAUUUGGUGGUGUCAACCCCAGUGGCUGGUGAGGUUAGGACGUCUACCGUAUGUAUUAGAUGUCCUAUAGAGGUCGAGGGGCGUAGAUAUAAGGUCAACUUAAUUUGUUUACCUCUGAAAGAGUUGGAAGUUAUUUUAGGAAUGGAUUGGUUAGCCACCAAUCACAUUCUAAUAGAUUGUGGUGAGAAGAAGUUAGUCUUCCCUGAUGAAGAAGAAGAAGUGUUAUCUGUGACGCUCGGUCAACUAAAGGAAGAUCUCAUGGAGGGCGCCAGUUGCUUUUUGAUUAUAACACACUCGGAUGAAGAGUUUGAAGGUUCAAGUUAUGAACGAUCGUCCGGUCGUAAGUGGAGUGAAGAACGAUCGGUCGUAGAGGAAUUCCCGGACGUCUUUCCAGAUGAAGUACCGGGACUACCUCCCCCUCGCGAGGUAGAGUUUACGAUUGACUUGGUGACGAUGACAGGACCCAUUUCGGUGGCACCUUAUCGGAUGUCACCAGCUGAGUUGGUUGAACUCAAAACGCAGAUUGAAGAGCUGAUGGAUAAGAAGUUUAUCAGGCUGAGCGCCUCACCUUGGGGAGCGCCUGUGCUAUUGGUGAAGAAGAAAGAUGACAGCUCUCGGCUUUGUAUUGACUACCGGCAGUUAAACAAGCUGACCAUCAAGAACAAGUAUCCGUUGCCUCGGAUUGACGACCUACUGGAUCAGCUGCAUGGUGCGACCGUAUUUUCAAAGAUUGAUUUGCGUUCGGGGUACCAUCAAAUUCAGGUGAAGGAAGAAGACAUCCAGAAGACUGCUUUCAGGUCUCGCUAUGGACACUACGAAUAUGUAGUGAUGCCGUUCGGUGUAACGAACGCGCCGACAAUCUUCAUGGACUACAUGAAUCGCAUCUUCAGGCCGUACCUGGAUAAGUUUGUGGUCGUCUUCAUUUAUGAUAUUCUCAUAUACUCCAAGAACUGUGAAGAGCAUGAAGAACACUUGAGGUUGGUACUAGGCGUUCUAAGAGAGAAGGAGUUGUACGCCAAGUUAUCCAAGUGUGAAUUUUGGAUGAAGAGCGUGCAGUUCUUGGGGCAUGUAGUUUCAGCUGAAGGCAUAUCAGUGGAUCCGGCCAAGGUACGAGCGGUACUGGAAUGGGAAAAUCCGCGUUCUGUCACGGAAGUCCGAAGCUUUGUGGGGUUGGCGGGCUAUUAUAGACGUUUCAUUGAGGGAUUUUCCAAGAUAGUAGCUCCGCUGACGCAGCUAACUCGAAAGGAUCACCCGUUCGCUUGGACCGAUCGGUGUGAAGCGAGUUUCCAAGAACUGAAGCGAAAGUUGACGAGCGCUCCAGUUUUGGUCAUUCCGGACACAGCCAAACCGUUCGAAGUCUACUGCGAUGCUUCUCAUCAAGGUUUGGGCUGCAUCCUUAUGCAAGAGAAUAGGGUGGUGGCGUACGCUUCUCGACAGCUGAAGAGGAGGUGGCUUGAGUUCUUGAAGGACUACGAUUUUGAGUUACUCUACCAUCCAGGGAAAGCGAACGUAGUAGCGGAUGCUUUGAGCAGAAAGGUGGUGCACGUCUCAUCCAUGAUGGUCAGAGAACUUCAAUUGGUGGAGAGCUUUAGAGACCUAAGGUUACAGUUUGAUUUAGAGCCGAACAGUAUUAAAUGCUGUAACCUUAGGAUAUCCAGCGACGUGUUCGACCGAAUCAGGGAGAAGCAAUUCGAGGAUGAAGAUCUGGUGAAGAUUUUGAACGCGCUUGGAACGGAUCAGGCCAAAGAAUUCAACACUGGAACAGACAGCUUCUUACGCUAUAUGGGAAGGACGUGCAUUCCAAAUGACGGAGAGCUGAAGAGGAUUAUCCUGGAGGAAGGGCACCAAAGUCGUCUUAGCAUGCACCCUGUCAAGAAUCACGACUCCAUUUGGGUGAUAGUGGAUCGGUUAACGAAUAGCGCACACUUCCUAGCGGUCAACUUGAAGAUGUCAAUGACGAAGCUUACUCAGCUCUACAUCAAUGAGAUCAACGAACUGGGCAGUAAAGUCCAAAUGAGCUCGGCUUAUCACCCUCAGACAGACGGUCAAUCAGAGAGAACCAUCCAGACGCUGGAAGACUUACUAGGGACGUGCGUCCUAGAUCACAUGGACAUCUGGAAUGAAGUUUUACCCUUAGUGGAGUUCACCUACAACAACAGCUUUCAGUCAAGCAUCGGAAUGGCUCCCUUUGAAGCUCUUUAUGGAAGGAAGUGUCAAACGCCACUAUGUUGGUUUCAAGAAGGAGAGAAAGUGUUAACCGGACCUGAGCUCAUUCAACAAACGACCGAGAAGGUGAAGCUGAUUCAAGAAAGGUUGAAGACGUCUCGGAGCAGGCAGAAAUCUUACGCAGAUAAGAGAAGAAGACCGUUGGAGUUCGCUGCAGGAGAUCACGUUUUCCUUAGGCUGAAUCCGACCACUGGUGUAGGCAGAGUCGUUCGUCCAAAGAAGCUAUCCCCCAAGUUCGUCGGACCUUACCAAAUUUUAAGGAAGAUCGGACCAGUGGCGUACUCGCUAUCACUGCCUCCUCAACUGUCCAACCUUCAUCCAGUCUUCCAUGUUUCCCAACUCCGGAAGUACAUAGCCGACCCAUCUCACAUAUUGCAGUUGGAAGACAUUCGUCUUAGUCAAGACCGGACGCUGGAAAUUCAACCAGUCCGUGUGGAAGAUAGCCGCACCAAGUACUAUAAGGGAAAGGACGUUCGGUUAGUAAAAAUGGUGUGGAACGAAAAGACUGGCGACGCUACUUAG